CUUCAGAUCGUACACAUUCUGUAAAUUAAAAUUUCCCAAAAUUAAAAAAAAACAAUCUCAUUUCAGUACAACCGCAGGUGUGUGAUCAUCGGAGAUUCACCGGAGAAUUGACACGUGGCAGGCGGACAUUAAGCCAGAUGGAGUCUCACGGCGGUGGGCUCCACCGUGUUAUGGUGCUCGCGUUUUGUGUGGGCGGCAUUUGGUCAGCUUAUAUUUAUCAAGGCGUUCUACAAGAGACUUUGUCAACAAAGCGGUUUGGUCCGAACAAGGAGAGGUUUGAACACUUGGCUUUCCUAAACCUGGCACAAAAUGUAGUAUGUCUUAUAUGGUCAUUUAUAAUGAUAAAAAUUUGGUCAAAUGGAAACAGCGGUGGUGCUCCCUGGUGGAGUUACUGGAGUGCUGGCAUUACAAAUACUAUUGGACCAGCAAUGGGGAUUGAAGCGCUAAAGUAUAUUAGUUAUCCUGCACAGGUGCUGGCAAAAUCAUCAAAAAUGAUUCCAGUAAUGCUCAUGGGCGCAAUAGUUUAUGGCAUAAGAUAUACAGUUCCAGAGUAUGUGUGCACACUGCUUGUUGCUGGUGGAGUAUCAAUGUUUGCACUUCUAAAGACUAGCUCAAAAACUAUAAGUAAGUUGGCGCACCCCAAUGCUCCAGUUGGAUAUGGGCUGUGCUUCCUGAACCUCACCUUUGAUGGUUUCACCAAUGCUACUCAGGAUUCAAUUAAAGCAAGGUACCCUAAGACAUCGGCUUGGGAUAUUAUGUUAGGAAUGAAUUUAUGGGGUACCAUUUACAAUAUGAUCUUCAUGUUUGGCUGGCCAAAUGCCAGCGGGUUUGAGGCGGUUCAAUUCUGCAAGCAGCAUCCAGAGGCAGCGUGGGACAUUCUUAUGUACUGUCUAUGUGGUGCUGUGGGACAGAACUUCAUUUUUCUAACCAUUAGCCGAUUUGGUUCUCUGACUAACACAACCAUCACCACGACGCGCAAGUUUGUAAGCAUAGUCGUGUCAUCUGUGUUAAGUGGCAAUCCAUUGUCGACAAAGCAAUGGACGAGUGUCAUCAUGGUCUUCUCAGGAUUGUCAUACCAGAUUUACUUGAAGUGGAGGAAGUUGCAGAGGAUUUCAAAGAAGAAGAAGUCCACUUAACAUAUUAUAAUUUUGCAAGUGAUGUAGACGGUUCAGUAGUUUAACCUUUUUCUUACCUUUUACAGUUCCGGUGUAUUGGAAGUGGCCACACUUCCAUUAUAGGCCAAUGUAAUUCAAACGAAUUACACAUAUAUAAAGCAAGGUGUUGAGAAUUUUUUGAGAAAUUAUUACAUUUCUAUAUUACUGUUUCUUAC